AUGACUGCUGUCCACACAGGCAACAUAAACUUCAAAUGGGACCCCAAAAGUCUAGAGAUCAGGACUCUGGCAGUUGAAAGACUGUUAGAGCCUCUUGUUACCCAGGUUACAACCUUGGUAAACACCAAUAGCAAGGGGCCCUCUAAUAAGAAGAGAGGUCGUUCUAAGAAGGCCCAUGUUUUGGCUGCAUCUGUUGAACAAGCAACUGAGAAUUUCUUGGAGAAGGGGGAUAAAAUUGCAAAGGAGAGUCAGUUUCUCAAGGAGGAGCUUGUAGCUGCUGUAGAAGAUGUUCGAAAACAAGGUGAUUUGAUGAAGAGUGCUGCAGGAGAGUUUGCAGAUGAUCCCUGCUCUUCCGUGAAGCGUGGCAACAUGGUUCGGGCAGCUCGGGCUUUGCUCUCUGCUGUUACCCGGCUGCUUAUUUUGGCUGACAUGGCAGAUGUCUACAAAUUACUUGUUCAGCUGAAACUUGUAGAAGAUGGUAUCUUGAAACUGAGGAAUGCUGGCACUGAACAGGACUUGGGAAUACAGUAUAAAGCCCUGAAACCUGAAGUGGAUAAACUGAACAUUAUGGCAGCCAAAAGACAACAGGAACUGAAAGAUGUGGGCCAUCGUGAUCAGAUGGCUGCAGCCAGAGGAAUCCUGCAGAAAAACGUUCCAAUCCUCUAUACUGCAUCCCAGGCAUGCCUACAGCAUCCUGACGUCGCAGCCUACAAGGCCAACAGAGACCUGAUAUACAAGCAGCUGCAACAGGCAGUCACAGGAAUUUCUAAUGCAGCCCAGGCCACUGCAUCAGAUGAUGCCUCUCAGCACCAGGGUGGAGGAGGAGGAGAACUGGCAUAUGCCCUCAAUAACUUUGAUAAACAAAUCAUUGUGGACCCCUUGAGCUUCAGCGAGGAGCGCUUUAGGCCUUCCCUGGAGGAGCGCCUGGAGAGCAUCAUUAGUGGGGCUGCCCUGAUGGCUGAUUCAUCCUGCACACGUGAUGACCGGCGUGAGAGAAUCGUGGCAGAGUGUAAUGCUGUCCGCCAGGCCUUGCAGGACCUGCUCUCGGAGUACAUGGGCAAUGCUGGACGUAAAGAAAGAAGUGAUGCACUCAAUUCUGCAAUAGAUAAGAUGACCAAGAAGACCAGAGACCUGCGUAGGCAGCUCCGCAAAGCUGUCAUGGACCAUGUUUCAGAUUCAUUUCUGGAAACCAACGUUCCACUUUUAGUAUUGAUUGAGGCUGCAAAGAAUGGAAAUGAGAAAGAAGUUAAAGAAUAUGCCCAAGUUUUCCGUGAACAUGCCAACAAAUUAAUUGAGGUUGCCAACUUGGCCUGUUCCAUCUCAAACAAUGAAGAAGGUGUAAAGCUUGUUCGAAUGUCUGCAAGCCAGCUAGAAGCCCUCUGUCCUCAGGUUAUCAAUGCUGCAUUGGCUUUGGCAGCAAAACCACAGAGUAAACUGGCCCAAGAGAACAUGGAUCUUUUUAAAGAACAGUGGGAAAAACAAGUCCGAGUUCUCACAGAUGCUGUCGAUGACAUCACUUCCAUUGAUGACUUCUUGGCUGUCUCAGAGAAUCACAUUUUGGAAGACGUGAACAAAUGUGUCAUUGCUCUCCAAGAGAAAGAUGUGGAUGGGCUGGACCGCACAGCUGGUGCAAUUCGAGGCCGGGCUGCCCGGGUCAUUCAUGUCGUCACCUCAGAGAUGGACAACUAUGAACCAGGGGUCUAUACAGAGAAGGUGCUGGAAGCAACCAAGCUGCUCUCCAACACAGUCAUGCCACGUUUUACUGAGCAAGUGGAAGCGGCUGUGGAAGCCCUCAGUUCAGACCCCGCCCAGCCCAUGGAUGAGAACGAGUUUAUCGAUGCCUCCCGCCUGGUGUACGAUGGCAUCCGGGACAUCAGGAAAGCAGUGUUGAUGAUAAGGACCCCUGAGGAGCUGGAUGACUCUGACUUUGAGACUGAAGACUUCGAUGUCAGAAGCAGGACAAGCGUCCAGACAGAAGACGACCAGCUGAUAGCUGGCCAGAGUGCCCGGGCGAUCAUGGCUCAGCUUCCCCAGGAGCAAAAAGCCAAGAUUGCAGAACAGGUGGCUAGUUUUCAGGAAGAAAAGAGCAAGCUGGAUGCUGAGGUGUCCAAGUGGGAUGACAGUGGCAAUGAUAUCAUCGUGCUGGCCAAGCAGAUGUGCAUGAUCAUGAUGGAGAUGACGGACUUCACCCGAGGUAAAGGACCACUGAAAAACACAUCAGAUGUGAUCAGUGCCGCCAAGAAAAUUGCUGAGGCAGGCUCCAGGAUGGAUAAGCUUGGCCGCACCAUUGCAGACCAUUGCCCAGACUCAGCCUGCAAGCAGGACCUGCUGGCCUACCUUCAGCGCAUCGCCCUCUAUUGCCACCAGCUCAACAUCUGCAGCAAAGUCAAGGCCGAGGUGCAGAACCUUGGUGGGGAGCUGGUUGUCUCUGGGGUGGACAGCGCCAUGUCCCUGAUCCAAGCUGCAAAGAACUUGAUGAAUGCGGUGGUGCAGACAGUGAAGGCAUCGUACGUGGCCUCCACCAAAUACCAGAAGUCCCAGGGGAUGGCGUCCCUCAACCUCCCUGCUGUGUCGUGGAAGAUGAAGGCGCCUGAGAAAAAGCCCUUGGUGAAGAGAGAGAAACAGGAUGAGACGCAGACCAAGAUUAAAAGGGCAUCUCAGAAGAAGCAUGUGAACCCCGUGCAGGCCCUCAGUGAGUUCAAAGCUAUGGACAGCAUCUAA